AUGAAGAGCAUAACAUUGCUAUUUUUAGUACUCUAUGUAACUGUGGCCACCUCGCAAUUUGUACGUGUUGGGCCGCCGGGACCACCGGGGCCGCCUGGACCUGCCGGUGCCCCAGGGCCAAAGGGUGAGACUGGGGAACGUGGUACACCUGGCAGAACGGGUUUGCCUGGCCCGCCAGGUCCCCGCGGCAAACGUGGCAGAACAGGACCAGCCGGUCCAAUUGGUCCUCCAGGUGUCCCUGGUCAACGUGGUUCUCGCGGCUAUGAAGGUGAACGUGGACCCGAAGGACCGGCAGGCCCUAUUGGUCCUACAGGACCGCCGGGUCCAGAUGCCGCAGCUGGUACAGGUGGUGGUGGUACUGGAGGUGGUGCUGCUGUUCGAAGACGUAUUCGUAAUCGUGGUCGGGGUCGUAGCUAUGAUUUGUAA